AUGGUCCUUCGAGCCAACACCAGCGGCAAGGAAGAUACAGAAGCGCCAGGGCAACACGACCAGCGACAGAGAGAACGUAGCAGCAGAAGAAGCAACCCGAAAACUGGAACGAGGAAAAUGGAGCCAAUGAACACCCUCGCCACCCAACAGCAGGAGCUGGGCCAACAGAUGGGAAAACUGUUGGCCAACCUGAAAAAAGAUCCAGCGGAUAGAAAGACAGUGAAUUACAUAGCAGACCGGCGCCGUCAGUUACAAGGAUACAUUUCGGCUGUGAAGAUAAACCACCAGAAGAUAGUGGAAUUAAAAGAACCACAGCACGAGUACCACAAGACCAACUUCAUAGGGCAGUUGGAAGACGUUCACCUCAAGGCCAGCGACUACCUGGACAAGAUAGAAAGGUCGAUAAAAACAGAGGGAGAACACGAAAAACGCGACACCGCACAGGAGAUGCGGAUUAGGAAACAGGAGAAAUUAAUUCACUCCAACGACGCGUUAUCCAGCACAGAAAAAAUGCACUAUUUAAAAAGUCAUGUGGAUGGAGAAGCUGCCAGGUUGAUUCAACAUCUACACAUCAGCGAGAGGAAUUACGAAACAGCAUGGGACAUAAUAACCAAGCGGUACCACAACACGAGACUAAUUACAUCAAAAUUACUGGACAAAAUACUCGACUUCCCGGUGAGCCAUAAAGAAGAUGCACAUCAAGUGAGGAUGCUUCACGAUACAAUACACGAGUGUCGGGAAGGGAUCAACAACAUCGGACAUGAUACAACCUCAUGGGGUCCAAUAAUAACAAAACUUAUUUCCAGAAAAUGGGACACAGAAACUAACAGGAUAUUCGAGCAGUCUCUCAAAAAUCCAACCGAGACGCCGGCACUAGAGGAAGUGAUGGAGUUCAUGAAGUCAAGAUUCCAAUCUCUGGAGGCGUUAGCAAUGAAGAGAGGAGAUCAACCACCAUCAUCAUACAAGCCUAACUGGGUCGGAAAUAAGCAACCAAACUGCACAUACUGUAAGGAACAACACCAAAUCGAAAUGUGCCCAAAAUUCGGCAAACUAUCCGUUGCCGAAAGAAUCAAAAUUGUAAAAGAGCAACAGUUAUGCUUUAAGUGCAUACGCCAUAGCUGCAAUACGGACUCGUUUAAAAACUGUUCUACAUGCAGGUACCCUCACCACUCGCUACUACACCAAACCUCAAGGACAGCUCCAGCCACAAGAGGAAGCCAAGCGAUGUCCCACGCAUCUACAGCAGCCAAACAAAUGGAAGUCAAGGAAGAAGAUCAACAAGUCCUCUUGGCAACAGCAAUAGUACGGGCCCAAGACAUCCUGGGACAACGCCAUCUACUACGAGCACUGGUAGACCCAGGAUCCCAAGCGUCAUUCAUCACCGAGCAAGCAGCUCAGCAACUGAUGGUACCCAGGCAGAAAACAAGGGCAAUGAUAUCUGGAUUGGGAGAAGGAAGUCCGAUCAACGCAAGAGCAAAAGUGACGGUACAUCUCCACCCUCGUCAGUCUAGCAAAUACACACUGACAACAGACCUCAUCGUGUUACCGAAAAUAACUGGGAUGUUACCAAUGAAGUCAAUGGAAUUCGAUUUGGAACCAUGGCAGACCAAGAUCCUAGCAGACCCAACCCUCAACAUCACAGGUCCAAUACAUGUGCUACUGGGAGCCCAAGACUACGCCAAAAUCAUACUAAACGGUGUUACAAAAACGGCGUCUGCAUUGCUAGGACAGCAGACCGAAUUGGAAUGGAUAGUGUCCGAUCAAGUCAUGUAUCCAGAGAAAAAAGGCACACCAGUCAUCGGGAUGGUUUCAACAAUGGAAGAAGAAAGAAACCUGUCAAAAUACUGGGAAAUGGAGGAAGUCGAGGUGUCAAGCCGCUCCAAAGAAGAAGACAUACAAUGUGAGAACCAUUAUAUGGCCACCACCACAAGAGGGCGAGAUGGAAGGUAUACAGUGAGGAUACCAUUUAAAGAAGCGCCUACCAUGGUUAACAGUUCCCGUUCGCUAGCAGUAGCUCGACUGCACCAAUUGGAAAAGAAGCUAGAAAAGGAGCAUCGAGUACGCGAGCAGUACAAAGCGUUCCUUCAGGAGUACAUAGACCUGGGCCACAUGAAACUAGUACCCCCCAAGGGAGAAGGAAGAUACUACAUUCCACAUCAACCAGUCAUCAAGGAAGCAAGUGCCACAACAAAGUUAAGAGUCGUGUUUGACGCGUCCGCAACCACACGGUCACGAAAGAGCCUCAAUCAAACCAUGCACGUGGGACCAAGACUGCAAGAAGAAUUGGCAGACAUCCUGGUGAGAUGGAGAAAACACCCGGUAGCGUUCACAGCAGACAUACAAAAAAUGUAUCGUCAAAUAAACAUACAUGAGGACGAUCAACCACUGCAGACCAUACUCUGGAGAUUCAAUCAGCAUCAACCCAUACAAGAAUACCAGCUAACCACAGUUACAUAUGGGACAACUGCAGCACCUUAUUUGGCAACACGCACCCUACAACAACUCGCGAAGGACGAAGAAAAAGAAUACCCUAACGCAUCAAGGGUUGCGUUAACCGACUUCUAUGUGGACGAUGAGCUAACAGCCAUGCUAGACAAAGGAGGAUUCAAGCUACACAAAUGGUCAACGAACAAACUACAAAUGCUACAAUCAAUCCCUGACGAAUUAAGAGAUCCAUCCGUAUCACAAUUCAAGGACGAAGAAAUGAAGAAGUCAUUAGGGAUACUGUGGAUACCACAUCAAGACGUGUUCACAUUUAAGAUAGAAGAAGGCAAUCCCGCAACGACCAAGCGUGGUAUAUUAUCAGCAGUAGCAAAAAUAUUCGAUCCAUUAGGAUGGUUGGCACCCGUAACCAUAAUGGCAAAGCUGCUCAUCCAACGAUUAUGGUUAACAAACGCUUCAUGGGACGAAAACAUACCGGAAAGUUUAAGGAUGGAAUGGUUGAAGUUCACCUCCGACAUUGGCUCAGUCGAGGAAAUUCAGAUCCCAAGAUGGAUACAUAACAAGAACGAAACAUUGGAGAUACAUGGGUUCUGUGAUGCAUCAGAGAAGGCGUACGGGGCGGUAGUUUACACAAAAGCCAGCCAAGGGAAAGUGUCACUGCUAAUGGCAAAAUCCAAGGUAGCCCCUGCACGCACGAAGCCAACAAUACCGAAGUUGGAAUUAUGUGCAGCCGUUCUACUAGCCAGGCUGAUCAAGAGAGCAACAACAGCACUCCAGGAAAAAGACAUUACCAUCUUCGCAUGGACAGAUUCAAUGAUUACUCUGGCAUGGAUAAAAGGAGAGCCAAGCAGAUGGAAGACAUUCGUAUACAACCGAGUAAUGGAGAUAAACAAUUUAACGUCGAAGGAGCAAUGGAAUCACGUCUGCACAAAUGACAAUCCCGCUGAUCUAAUAUCAAGAGGGACAACAGGGUUCAAACUAAAAACAAACGAACUAUGGUGGAAUGGACCAAAAUGGUUAGCAAGCGAGGACUGGAAAUCAAGUGAAAAGGCCACACCGACAACAAACUUAGAAACAAGAAAAUGCAUGGUAAUUACAAAAACAGAAGAAGACGGUCAGUGGAUGCAAGAAAGAUUCUCGUCGCUAACAAAGUUAAUCAGAGUCACAGCAUACUGCAACCGGUUUAUAUCAUACUGCAGAAAGAACCAGAAAUCAACAGAACACUUAACAGUAGAAGAAUUGAAAAAAGGAUUAAUCCAGCAGAUAAGAAGAUCACAACAAGAAACUCACCUGAUCGAAAUACAAGCCUUAACGAAAGGCAAGAAAAUACCAACAGGCAGCAAGAUCACAUCCCUAAAUCCAUUCAUAGACCAGGACGGAGUACUGCGAGUAGGAGGAAGAUUAUCCAACUCAUUGCUAACAUACAGUGAGAAGCACCCGUGCAUUAUUGGAGCAAAGUCACAUCUGGCGCAUCUAUUAAUAAUAGAUGCACACCAGAAAACACUGCAUGGAGGACUACAGAUCACCUUAGCAUACUUGAGAAGAAGAUACUGGAUCAUCAACGGGAGAAGAACCGCUCAAGGAACAAUAAGGAAGUGCGCAAGAUGCAUUCGUUACAAGAAACAAACAGCGACUCAAUUGAUGGGGGAUCUUCCGGCAGCACGAGUUACACCAUCCGCGCCAUUCCAGCAUUGUGGAAUAGACUACGCAGGCCCUAUACAGGUCAGGGCAUGGAAAGGUCGAGGUCAUAAAUCGUACAAAGGGUACAUAGCCGUGUUCGUAUGUUUAGCAACACGGGCAAUCCAUUUGGAGGUGGUCAGCGACAUGACAACAGAAUCAUUCUUGGCAGCCCUAAAACGGUUUCAAGCACGACGAGGCCGGUGUCAGCACAUAUACAGCGACAAUGGAACAAACUUCGUAGGAGCCAGCAAAAUGAUAGAGCAAGAUGUCCACAAGAUAUUACAAAGCAAGGAGAUCCAAGACGCAUCAACUACAGCAGGAACCCAAUGGCACUUCAUCCCUCCCGCAAGUCCUCACAUGGGCGGUAUCUGGGAAAGUGGUGUAAAAUCAUUAAAACAUCACAUGCGACGAACAAUUGGCGAAACAACGUUAACAUAUGAGGAACUAACAACGCUAGUACAACAAAUAGAAGCGUGUCUCAACUCGAGACCAUUAGUGCCCAUCCGAGAAGUAAUGGACGAAGAUACAUUAUUGACACCAGGACAUUUCCUAAUCGGGAGACCAAUACUGGAACCAUUGGAAGAAACAGGAGAGGAUUUAAAAAUAGGCCUCAGUAACAGGUGGAAAAUGGUACAGAAAAUGAAAAAGGAAAUCUGGAAAGCAUGGUCAUCAGAGUACUUACACAACUUACAACAACGCUACAAAUGGAAAACCAAGAACGACAACAUAAAAAUCAACGACAUAGUACUCGUCAAAGAUGACAACCUCAGCCCAGGAAAAUGGCCGCUAGCAAAGGUGAUAGCGACUCAUCCAGCAGAAGAUAAUAUAGUGCGAGUAGUAACAACCCAAAAGGCAGACGGGAAAACGUCCAAAAAAGCAAUACAUCAACUAGUCCCCCUACACUCAGAAGAUGCACAGAAAAAAUCAGCCGCAGGAAACAACCAAGAGAUGAAGAGUUUCAGCAUAAAAGCAAUUGUUGUCACCAUACUAAUGAUGAUGAUAGGCACUACAGUGGCAGAGUACAACAUCACGCAUCCAAACCCAGGGUUUUACAUAGAACACAUGGGAGAUGGAAGGAUUGAACGAGGAAUUUUCCGGAUCGAUAUUCAAUACAAGAAAACACGGAUAAAUGAAGACAUCCACGCAACGCUGCAAUCAAUUACACAGUUCAAGGAGCUAUGCAACAAGACAGCAGAAAUAGCAGAAAAUUCACACUGUACCGAAUUAGUGCAACUUCUCGAGGAUCACGAAAAUGAAAUACAAUGGUUAAAGGAAGAAAUAGGCAGCACGAUGGUUGAACGAAGGAAGCGAGGAAUAUUGGGGGACAUACUUACAGCAGUAUUCGGAGUCAACGAUGAAGUAUAUAAGGACAUCGCCUCACUGAACAAAAAUCAGCAAGAAAUUAUCAGAAAUGCGGACAGACAGACGAAGAUUAUGUUAUCAGCACUAUCAGCCUUCAACGAAACCGAGACAAAGAUUGAGAAGCAGUUACAAAGAUUCCACCGAAAGCUAAAUGAAGGAAUUCAAAUGAUAAAUCAAAUGAGCAAAUGGUACAGAACAGUCGACGAGAACAGACUAAAUUUACAAGUGCUAAGUAUAUACACCAUCACGGUAACCUUAGCAAACGAAGUCCAGCAUCACUACAAAAAGGUAAUCAAUAUCAACAACGGAAGAGGAAGUCUUCACGAACUCAUAUCAGACAUCAGAAUCAAGAUAAUCCUAUCCGAAGCAGAGAAGAAAAUGCCAAGCAACGUAAGGGUAUUAGCGCAUCCAGUGCUAAGGGUAGCAGUAAAACAAACAGACACUCACAUCCACGUCCAGGGCUUUUUUCUGGUGGCAGAGAUCACAGAAUAUGUGAUUAUGAAAAUUACAUCUAUUCCGAUCAAAAUUGAAAACACGACCUUCUGGACAUUGGAAUCCAUCAACGGGGUGCUAGCAGUGGAUUACAACAACCAGCAAUAUUUCGAGAUGACAAAUGAAGAAUUCAAAGAAAGUAUCAAAAUCGCUAAACACAAGUUCGUUUGUGCACCAACAGUAGUAAAAAAGAUCGAAGAAAAUCCAAACUGUAUCAUCAACGAGAUGUAUAAUAGGACAGAGAAGAAUCAAUGCAGCAUCCAACAACACCACUUCCAGGAUAUUGUGUGGAAACAACUUUAUAUGACUAACACAUGGAUGUUCGUCACCGCACAACCAACGAGGGUAGCCGUAACAUGUAAUAACAAACGACAGGACGUAGUAUUAAAUGCAACUGGAAUUCUCAAGGUAUCUCAAGACUGUUUAGUUCAAACAAGACGAAACAUAUUAAAUCCCAAACGGGACUUCGACACAUCAGUACUUGGUACGUACAUCAAACAUUUAAACACACGUAUCAACCAAGAUACCAGGAUGCCCGACCAAAAAUUGAUUGAAGAGGAACCAGUCCUAAAGGCAGAAGACCACUUUGGGUCCAUCAUCAAAGAAGAAGCAGAAUUACAAAACGACAUACACAACACCAUCUGGCGUACGGUUACGACUAAAUCGGUCGCAACAAGCACCAUAACUAUACUUAUCAUCAUCAGCACCAUUGGGGUCAUAUUUGGACUCAAAAACAUGGAAAACCAAACACAAGGAGGCAACUAG